AUGUACUUUUCUCUCUCUGCGAAGUGUGUUGACGGGGUCUGUGGCAAUGCGAAAUAUCUUUCCCGGUUCAAACAUUUCAACGUCGACUUUACUCAGAUGGCUGAGGCGAAGGAAGCCUUUCUCAAGAAGUAUUCGCAACAUAACGAGUAUGGCUAUAAUGACACCAUCGACGACAUUGUCGCAAAUGAAUUUCAAGACAGACUGAAUAACAGAAUCUUCUUUGAUUACACGGCCAAUGGUGUCUACACGAAGUCGCAGAUGGACAAAACGUUCAAUGAAUUGAAUUCAAAGUUCUACGCCAACUCACAUUCCCACAACGAAUUCUCCUCCAACACUGAUAACGUCAUUCAUCAAGUCAGACAGAAGAUAUUAAAACGAUUCAAUGUGACAUCAGCAGAGUACACUGUUGUGUUUACAAGUGGCGCGACGGGUGCACUCAAGUUAAUAGGUGAGAGCUUCCCAUGGACGAAUAACAGUAAGUUCAUGUACCUUAGACAGAACCAUAAUUCAGUAUUGGGGAUACGAGAGUAUGCUCUCGAACAAGGCGCCGAGUUUAAAUCAGUGACUGAAGAGGAACUCAACCUUGAAGGGUGUGACGAUUUGUUCUCCGAGAAGUGUGAAGGGAUCCCAACCGUAUUACGGAAGCCCACUCUGACGAAAUACCCAACAACAGUAUACAGUUUGUUUGCAUACCCUGCUCUUGAGAACUUUGCAGGCGUCAAGUACCCUCUUGAAUGGAUCUCAAAAUUUAAAGCAGAGAAGACGGGGAAGAACAACAAGUGGUUAGUGUUAUUGGACACCGCCGCCUUCUUGAGUACCUCUGAACUCGAUUUGAGGAAAUACCCUGCAGACUUCUUAGUGAUGUCGUUCUAUAAAAUAGUUGGGUAUCCCACAGGUCUUGGCGCUUUAAUAGUGAAGAACAGUGUGUUGGACUUAAUGCAAAAAAGCUUCUUUGGUGGUGGAACAGUUGUGAUGAGUGACUGUGACACGCACUUCUGCUUAUUACAUGAGAGUGGAUGUCAGCGGUUUGAAGAUGGGAGUUUGAAUUUCCUGUCUAUAUUAGCGCUGAAAUACGGUCUGGAGGAACAAGACAAAUUUGGUGUGAAACACAUUAAAGCCCACGUGAUGAGUAUCGUCGACUACGUGUACGACGAACUUUCUGCACUCAAACAUUCGAGUGGGAAACAGGUUGUUGAGAUCUAUGGGAAGCACUCGAGUCAUGACCACUCUGUUCAAGGUCCUAUCAUCAACUUAAGUGUGAAAGAUAAGGAUGGGAAGUACGUUGGAUAUAAUACAGUGGAAGACAUCUUAACAAAAGCCGGCUUUGAAGUUCGCACGGGGAGUAGUUGCAACCCUGGAGCAUGUUAUGGCUAUUUAAAUGUCACGUCGGACGAAGUUAAAAAGUUCUCAUUAGAGAGAAGUGGGUGUGGCGACGACCAUGAUAUCAUGGACGGAAAGCCUCUUGGCGGCGUUAGAAUCUCCUUUGGCUUUUUGUCGACAUUUGAGGAGGGAUAUUCCCUUGUCCAAUUUUUCAAGAAGAAUUUUGCCCAUUAA